UGAGGACUGGAAGGAGCCACACAGGGUCACGCUAAGAUCUCACUCAGAGAUUCACCACCCAUCACCGGAGCCGAACAAUACACCGAAGACAUUGGGGGUGCUCCCGGUGGUCUGACACCCAUGAGAAAAUAGACCUAUCAAGUCUAAUCUUCAAAAGGAUCUAAUAAAUAAACCCUAAAAUGAAGGCAUUCAGCAUUGCAGUUGCAGUGACACUCGUGCUCGCCUUUAUUUGCAUUCUGGAGAGCUCCGCCAUUCCAUUCAAUGGGGUGCGAGAGCCGGAGGAGGCAGGGAGCAAUGACACUCCAGUUGCGGCACAUCAAGAGAUGUCAAUGGAAUCGUGGCUGAUGCCAAAUCACAUCAGGCAGAAGCGCCAGAGCCACCUCUCAAUGUGCCGCUAUUGCUGCAAGUGCUGCAAAGGCCAAAAGGGUUGUGGAAUGUGCUGCAGGUUCUGAGGGUUUUCCACUAUGACAGUUGAUGAAGAUUAAUUUAUUGCGCUUUUUGUCUUAACCCAAGAAAUAGCAUGCUUCUUGACCUCUGUAUUCAAAUGCAUGGCUCGCUAAAAACACUGUUUUGUAUUACUUGUAAAGGUAUGAUUUUCAAAACAGUACUGGAAAAAUGGGUAGUCACUUUUUUGUAUUUAUUUUGUGUGGUUGUGUAAGCUCAAGAAAAUCCUGUUUUAUUUAAAUUUUCAUAUUUGGUACUGAAUAAACAAUGAAGUACUAAAGCAAA